AUGUAUCGUCUAUAUAUGAUUACGUAUCUAGCAAGUGUACUAGCCUUGCCAAAUCCAGAACUACCAAUUGCCGAAACAUUUGAAGCCGCAAGAACAUUAGCAAAGGAUUGUACAAACGGAAUAUUCAGUGCGAAAUGUUUGAAAAUCGAAGCGAUUUCGCUUCUAGAAAAGUUGAACUCUAAGGAUGAACUACAGUUACUGCCUGGAAUUAGUGUUGUUAAAGAAGAUAUGGAAAACAAUAGUAAGGCUAAUGAGUUCGCCGCUGAACUGGCGAGAGCUCUGCCUUCGAAGCCUGAUGAGAGAUUAGAUAAAUAUUUGCUGUACCGGCUUGGAACCUAUCUGGAUUCACAUUCUGUGAAGCUACGCCUGUUGGAUGACGGUGCUAGUGAAGAGGCCAGGGCCUUAAUGAAUGAAGGACGAGGAAAAGGCGGUCUUGGCGGUGGUAAAAAGGGCGGCAUGGGCGGACUUCUAGCAGCCGGGCUGAUGAUGAAAGGUACAAUGAUGUCUAUGGCACUUGGCGGCUUGGCCCUUCUUGCUGGCAAAGCCCUGAUGACAGCCCUCAUGUCUCUCGUCCUGUCUGCAGUCAUCGGCAUCAAGUCACUCUCUUCCGGGGGCAAAUCGACAACUUACGAAAUAGUUUCUAAGCCGGUCUAUACUCACUCUCAUUCUCAUUCCACCGCCCACGAAGACGUUGGAGGCUAUGGCCAUUCGGGGUAUGGAAGGAGCGUUUAG